CAAGGAUUACCUCACUCUUUUCCCAUCUUCCAACUUCACAAGCACACUUUUCUCUACAAUGACCUCUUCAGCUGUUCCUCCCAACCGCAUUGCCGUCAUCGGUGGUGGUGGCAACGUCGGCGCUGCCGCUGCAUUCGCCCUGAUCGCCAAGGGCGUGCCCGCCGAAGUCCUCAUUGUUGACGUUGUCGACAAGGCCGCCCAGGGCCAGGCUCUCGACAUCAGCGACGCCUCGUUCCUCAAGCCCGGCACCUGCCGCAAGGCCUCCUUCCAGGAAGCCGGCCAGUCCGACGUCAUCAUUGUCACCGCCGGCGCCCGCCAGCAGCCCGGCGAGCCCCGCUCGAACCUGAUCGAGCGCAACUACAAGAUCAUCAAGUCGAUCAUGGACAGCAUGCAGCCAAUCAAGCCCUCGGCCAAGGUCCUGAUGGUGUCGAACCCGGUCGACGUGCUGACGCAUAUUGCCCAGAAGGCCUCGGGUCUGCCGGUCAACCAGGUCAUCGGCUCCGGAACCUUCCUGGACUCGGGCCGUCUGCGCAACACCCUGUCCGAGAUCACCGGCGUCUCGCCCUCCUCCGUCCACGCCUACAUGCUUGGCGAGCACGGCGACAACCAGUUCACCGGCUGGUCUGCUGCCCGCAUUGGUGGCCGGCCCCUGCUGGACCACCCCAAGAUGCAGGGCGUCGACCUCGAUAGCAUCAACGAGAAGAUCAUGCGCAAGGCCUACGAUAUCAUCGACGCCAAGGGCUCGACCUACUUUGGCAUCGGUAUCUGCGCCGCCACCCUCGCCGAGGCUCUGCUGAACAACACCAGCCAGGUGUUCCCGGUCGUCAACUUUGUCGAGAAGUACGGCUGCUACAUGUCGUGGCCCGCUGCUAUCGGCGCCAGCGGUGUCGAGCAGGCCUUUGACGUCCCUGUCAACGCUGCCGAGGCCAAGAAGCUCGAGGUUGCCGUCAACGCCAUCAAGGAGGCGUGCGCCAAGUACGACUAAGCUUCUUGCUCACUCCAUAUUUCCCCUCGAGCGGCCAACUACCUAGC